UGCGUGUUCCAGUAAUUAGAAACAUGACAGUCCGUACGGCUAAUGGAAGCACGUCAUGGGUGCUGGACAAAGCUCAAACAAAUGCCCACGUAGCAUUUUUUUACAUUGAGUGUGUAUGCAAUGCGUGGUUUACAAUAGAAAUAUUGGUACGAUUCAUUUCAUCACCAAGUCGCUGCCAGUUCAUAAAGUCAUCCGUUAACAUAAUCGAUUAUAUAGCCACAUUGAGCUUCUACAUAGAUUUGGUGCUUCAAAAGUUUGCCUCUCAUUUAGAAAAUGCUGACAUUCUGGAAUUUUUCUCAAUAAUUCGUAUCAUGAGAUUGUUCAAACUAACACGACAUUCGUCCGGCUUGAAAAUUCUAAUUCAAACAUUUCGAGCAUCCGCCAAAGAACUGACAUUAUUAGUGUUUUUCUUAGUGUUAGGCAUUGUAAUAUUCGCUAGCUUGGUGUACUAUGCUGAACGUAUACAGGCUAAUCCGCACAAUGACUUCAAUAGUAUACCAUUAGGAUUAUGGUGGGCAUUGGUGACAAUGACUACAGUCGGCUACGGUGACAUGGCACCGAAAACGUAUAUUGGAAUGUUUGUCGGUGCUUUGUGUGCAUUGGCAGGAGUAUUAACGAUAGCACUGCCCGUACCUGUUAUCGUUAGUAAUUUUGCGAUGUACUAUUCGCAUACGCAAGCAAGAGCUAAACUUCCGAAAAAGCGGCGUCGUGUUAUAGCGGUGGAACAACCACGACCGCCAAGGAUACCAGGUCAGCCAGGUCAAGUAGGCACACCAAUAUCAGGUCAACCGGCCGGAACACCAGGAUCAGGUGGACCACGUCGAAUGAAUGCCAAUAAAAGCGGCUCGAAAGACCUAGUCGGUCCAAAAUCAGAUGAUGAAAACAUUUUACGACGACUGUCCAAUCGUUCAAAUGGAACGAAAAAUGACGUAAACAGAGACUAAGACUUUAUUGGUCCCAUCGGAGCUAGUAUCGUGGCGAUGAGUCCCAAUUACAUGCUCGACCGGAAUCCAGCUUUGUUAAUGGGAAAACCAGGUUUCCAGUCAAAAGGUCCGCCAAUAGUUG